AUGCACAAUUUAUUACAAAAUGUUUUACUUUUAAAUGAUUUGAAUGUAAAAAACUGUAUUGCUAAUACUACCGACGGUGCGGCUAAUAUGCAAGGGGAGUACAAUGGAUUCUCAGCAUGGCUUAAUGAAUCAUCCCCAAAUCAAGUUCAUGUUUGGUGUUAUAGCCAUGUAUUAAAUCUAGUUUUGUCAGAUGCUUCCAAAUCACCAUUAGCUGCUGCAUCUCUUUUUAAUUUGUGUAAUAGUUUAGCGGUGUUUUUCAAAGAUUCACAUAAGCGUAUGAGAGUUUGGACAGAACGAUGCCAUAGCCUACAUCACCGCUUACAAAGUAUUGGUGAAACAAGGUGGUGGAGUAAAGAAGUUGCACUUGUUAAAAUAUUUGGAUCAACUGAAGGUCCAUGUAAGAGCAAUGCACUGUAUGUUGAUGUUUUAAUGGCUUUAUAUGAUAUUCAGGGUGAUAUUCUAAACGAUGAAAAAUCUACACCAGAUAUAAGGGUCAAAGCUGAAACUAUGAAAAAUACAUUAUUGAAUUUUUCUACUAUUUUGACUGCAUAUAUAUAUAUUAGAAUUUUUAGUAUUACAGGUCCUUUAUCGAGAUACCUGCAAUCAAAAUCAAUGGAUUUAAUUACGGCUCAGAACCUAGUUGAUGGAGCACUUGAACAUUUAAAAAAAGUUCAAAGAAAUAUGGAAUGGAUAAAAUUAUCUGCAGAGUCAUUUGUUAUUUGGGCUAAUACUGAGUUAGAUUUACAAUUUAAUGGUGAUAGUCCUAUAACUGUAAAUGAAAUAUUACCUAAUAUAAGAACCAGAAAGAAAAAAAUGUUACCAGGUGAGAUUAGUAAUGAUAUGGUACAUGAGCAUCCUUUAAAGAAGUUUGAAAUAGAAGUUCAUAACAGAAUAUUAGAUAUAGUUGUUGAGAGUAUUAACAAAAGAUUUAUAAAACACAGAAAAUUGUAUAAUGAUUUAUCAUGUUUGUCACCAAGUUAUUUUUCGUAUAUAAUUCAAAAUGGUUUGCCUGAUCAAGCAUUGACUACUUUGUGUGAUAAGUUAAAGAGUUUAAAUUCAAAUAUAACUUACAACGGUCUAAAGGAUGAGUUAAUACAUUUUGCGAAAAAUUGGGACAAGUUAAAGAAAAGUCUUGCUGAAUCAUUUGCUACUUCAUACUCUUUGGAGCUAACACAAGAUGAAGAAGAUGACAUUGAAUCUCAAAUGAAUCCUGAAUCACAAAAUAUAACUUGCAAGAGUUGCAAAAACUGUGUUGUUUGUUGCUAUAACAUUUUACAAAAAUAUAAUUUAUAUUGUGAUGCAUAUGCUAAUUUAUUUUUGGCAUACAAAUAUGUACUUACUCUACCAUCAACUCAAGUAUCAUGUGAAAGAUCUUUUUCUUUCUUAAAAAAUAUUAAAUCAAGACUUCGUAGUCAGCUUUCGGAUCCAAAACUAGAAGCAUUCAUGUUAAUGGCCAUCGAAAAACAGAAAUUAACACUACUGGAUUCAGAUAAAAUAAUAGAAGAAUUACAAAAAGAGUUUUCUUUUAAAAAAAAAUCUGUCAUUGUAAAUUAA